GUUAUGUGCCUGGCAUGGCGAUGGCUUGCGGUUUUCGAUGCUUGCCAUCGUCGGGGGCGAUUCGAUCCUUGGACGGGAUCGAACUACACCGUAUAAAACCCAGAGCCCCCUUCUCUCUACGUAGCCCUAUGGAACGCUUUCCUCGCCAACUAGUCCUCAACAACAGCGAUGCCCAAAUAUUCUCCCCGGGACUGAGCGCGAGCCCCGGCUCCGCCUUCUUGAUCCCUUUCAUCCUGGAAGUAGCUCAACCAUCUUCCGAAGCCUCCAUCCUCACCUUCUUGCAACUUCAUGAUCCACAUCUCGUUUCCUGCAGCUACGUACGCUGCGCAUGGUUUUUUGUCGCCUUGUUCUCCAUACUGCGGGAGGAAAUGGUUCGUUGGGGAAGGCACGGCAAUUACAUCGCACUCUCCGAAGCUUGGAGAGAUUUCUUGUCCAGCCGACGACAACGGAUCUACGAGCAAGUUGUGGUUAGAUCAGUUGAACUCGUAGAAACCGAUCUUUGUCGAGCGGACAUUACCAAGUCACCGUCUCGAAAGGACGCCCAAGCCGCUGCAGAGGCAUUAAUAUUGCAAAUAUGCCGUAUGACCGGGGAACGCCCUUCUUCUCGUGGCAAAGUACAACUACUACUCCUUUUCGAUGACGCAAGCGUCCUUGAAGCCAGCGAAUACACCAUCAUCGUUACUUCUCACCUAUUCAUACAUCUCCCCGUCAUGUUCUUGCACAUAUCUCCCCCUUGGAAAGGAGGGCCCUCCGAACGUACUGAGGAAGAUGUUAAAGACCUGGGGCAUUAUCUCUCCGCUGAAGCCCUUGUUCCAUUACCUCUCGACAUGCCCUUGGAUAUACGAACCAAUCAUCUUUGGGAGUUCCUUAGUGGCCGGAUGAUCUGGAACGGCAUUCACUAUGAUUCCGUUUCUAUUCUCCACGCUAGGGUGCCUCCAAAGCAUGGAGAACAGACAGUUGCCAGAUCUAAAGCUACAGAGCCUACAAUCCUAGACGACGGCGAGGCGAACCCAUUUCGGAUGAUAAUCGAUAGCCGGGAAGAAUCCAUCAUUGACAAAAUCGGAGGGUCUACUAGAGUCGAUUGCGAAGUCGUUGAAUUUCCUUCCACACCGACUCGCCUUUUAGACUUCUUAGAAAUGAUCUUUGGUGCGGAACAGAUGUCGCAACUCUCCAAGUCGACCGUGACAGAACUCCCCAUGUUCGGAUAUGUUUUCCGAAACGCGUGGGUCCACUUCACUCACGUUGUUCGUCCAGACGACAACCAAGAACAACAAAUGAUGUCCCUGGGCUCGAAACUAGAAAGCGCUCUUUCACAGCAAGCAGCGCUUGUGGACUCGUGGAGAAGGAUGUUGAUUCCGGUGUUUUCUGGGUCGUCUGCCCAGGCGGUGCGUCGUGAAAUUGCCACUUCUGCUGUGGUGAUUUCCUUUGGGGAUGUUAACAACGAACUCGAGCUUGAAUCUCUACCCGACUUACUCCCCCAGCUCUUUAUACAGCUACAUGAGGGUUUGGGUUCUGCGAUCCGUGUCGAAACGAGGAGAACGAGUUCGAACGGUGCAUUUGGUUACCAGAUCACAGCUUGUAGGCUUAGGAUAACAGGACUUUUUGACGCCACACAAUAACUCUGUAUAUGACUACUAUGCUGUAGGACUAGGCACAUAUACGCUGCAAAUCUGCAACCAACUCCUCCUAGAACACGGUCGUCCCCAUGCGACUCACAAAUUUCCGAGAAAACCAGCACCUCACGGUCUUUCAGGACGACAGAUGAUCAAGGCCGUGAUGAGAAGGAGGACAGGAAAGCUCCUACUGAAGGGAACUACUUGGAAGCAGUUUCUAUCGACAAAACGUAAAUGGACGCUUAUUUCCGAUCUUUGUUUUACAUAACAGGAAUUCCGUUCCCAUCAAUUACCAGGUCGGAUACUCUCGGAUCCCGACUGCAGUCGCCUUACUCAAACGCAAUACUGCUCAGUUAACACCACAGUAAGUUAUGGGGGUGCGCACCGAGUAUCCGAUGCUACCCGAAAGGUCCGCCUUUUCCGGUCCGAGAAACGAAUUUUCAAUGUGGUGAACAUUUGUGGCGUUGUUGAGCAGUAAUCGAGUUAUGAAGACGUUAAAGAAUAGGAGCCGUCGCAUCGAAAUAUGCAUACACUAUUAUACAGCGGCAAUGUGCUGUGUGUACUCGAAAGAUCUAGGGAUCCGAUCCCGGCUCUUCAACCGCUAUAGUUGGCGAGGGGUUGCGCCAUGUAAGGGAUAGAGUUAUAAACUGGGACGGCAAGAAUCGGAUGAUGCUGGUCAACAGAAGAGAAACGAGCACAAGGAAACUGAACACUUUUUUUUUUUACGAGUCAGUUACUGAAUGGUUGAACACGAACGUUAAGGAGUGGGCUUGCCGACAAGGAAUUUCUCCCAAGGUUCCAUAACGCUCAGUGCAAAGGUCCCUUCCACCCAUAUCCUGACACGCCACGACCAAUACGCCAGCGAAGACUUUGAUCUGGGCGGACGAAAGGAGCGUUUAUCCGGUCUAGGUGUUAGAUGGGAGGGGGGGUCUCGCAGCAUGGUGGAACACAAAGUAAGGAAGGGAUGCUACUACUUAGACUGUCGAGUUAUAAUUACUUUAACCUCGGUACUCUGACAAAGCUGUUACAUGUUCCCUUGUUUUACAUGUCGUGGACCUGUUCAGAUACUCGUUCUGGAGGGCGCUGGACGUAAUGCAAUGUGUGCAAGGCGCCGCACUAGAUACACCGCC